GAUCAACUUCUAAUCAUCGAUUCCAUUUUAGUUUUUCAACCCUCAGAAAACGCAUACAAUCAUCUCCUCUGUCACAUUGGAGUGGAAAAGAGAAUAUUACAGUAAUAGCAAUGCACAAAGACCAUAAUAAUUCUUCCAGUGCACCAACAACACCAAGAAUUCGCCAUCGGAGGCGUUCUAAUGAGAUUCCUCAUGAGUUAACCAAAUUGAAUGGAACCCAUUUGCUCAUUAAUGACCAAGAUAAAUACAAAUCAAUGUGGAUUCGAGCACACUCGUCUUUGUGGAUGCUUGGGGGUUUUCUUUUUAUGCUUUACUUGGGGCAUCUUUACAUUUGGGCUGCAGUUGUUGUAAUCCAAAUAUUUAUGACUAGGGAGCUCUUUAAUCUACUCAGAAGAGCUCAUGAAGAUAGACGUCUUCCUGGGUUUAGACUUCUGAAUUGGCAUUUUUUCUUCACGGCAAUGCUUUUUGUUUAUGGCCGCAUUAUCAGUCAACGACUCGUGAACACAGUAACUUCUGAUAAAUUCUUCUAUAGGCUUGUGGGCGGUAUCGUCAAGUACCAGAUGGUCAUUUGCUAUUUUCUAUACAUUGCAGGUUUUAUGUGGUUCAUUCUUACAUUGAAGAAGAAGAUGUACAAGUAUCAAUUUGGGCAAUAUGCUUGGACACACAUGAUUCUCAUCAUAGUGUUUACCCAGUCAGCCUUCACUGUAGCCAAUAUUUUCGAAGGGAUCUUCUGGUUUCUUCUCCCAGCAUCACUUAUUGCUAUUAAUGAUGUUGCUGCUUAUUUUUUUGGUUUCUUUUUCGGGAAAACACCUUUGAUCAAGUUAUCUCCAAAGAAAACAUGGGAAGGUUUUAUUGGAGCAUCGGUUGCAACUUUGAUAUCAGCAUUUGUGUUAGCAAACAUCUUUGGGCAUUUCCAGUGGCUGACAUGUCCAAGAAAGGACUUAUCAACAGGGUGGCUUCAGUGUGAUCCUGGCCCGCUAUUUAAACCAGAGUACCAUUCCUUACCUGGAUGGAUAUCAUAUUGGUUCCCUUGGAAAGAGAUUUCAGUUUUGCCAGUGCAGUGGCAUGCUUUAUGUUUGGGUUUAUUUGCAUCAGUUAUAGCUCCUUUUGGAGGCUUUUUCGCUAGUGGUUUCAAGAGAGCUUUUAAGAUCAAGGAUUUUGGGGAUAGCAUACCUGGACAUGGUGGAUUUACUGAUAGAAUGGACUGCCAGAUGAUCAUGGCUGUUUUUGCCUACAUCUAUCAUCAGUCAUUUGUUUCUACACAAGACUAUACAGUUGAGAUGGUUUUGGACCAGAUAUUGGGGAGCCUUACUUUAGAGGAGCAGAAAGUUUUGUAUAACAAGCUAGGGCAGAUAUUCCAAGAGAGGCAGCUUCACAAGAGAGACAACUGAAGCUGCGGAAAAGUUUUGUAGACCUUUGAAUAUCCUAGGUCGCUGUGUAUUCCAGUGUUGCUUCGGAUAGGUGAUUAAAGGAAGAUUGCAUGAAGUUCUUUUCUUUUUUAAAUUGAUUCUUGUUCUUUCUUUUCUAACAGAGAAUUCUUUCAGUUGUAUGCACUCAAAUACUGACCUGUGUCUUGUUAGCUCAUCUUUAUUAUUAUUAUUUUUUCAAAUGUUCCCUAAA